CACUUUGGAACUGUUGACUGAGCUGGGCCGCCCCAGCGAGCCGUCAGCCAGCGCUUUGGGCAGUGGGAAAAGAUGGCAAAUACCCCCCUCAUCCUCUCCAUUUGUCUGCUGGGAGCUUGUCUGGGUGAUGGAAAUACAGUGUUCAUCCCCAACAAAGAGGCCAGCUCCCUUCUGCAGAGGCACAGGAGAGCCAACUCCAACCGGCUGGAGGAGGUCAUUCCUGGCAACCUGGAGAGGGAGUGCAUCGAGGAGAGGUGCAGCUAUGAGGAGGCUCGGGAGGUGUUUGAAAAUGAAGAGAAAACGAUGCAGUUUUGGCAAACAUACGUUGAUGGGGAUCAGUGCAACCCCAACCCCUGCCAAAACGGGGCCGUUUGCAAGGACGAGAUAAACUCCUACGUGUGCUGGUGCCCAGCUGGGUACGAAGGCAAGAACUGCCAGAUCGACUUCACUUGUGCUAUUAAAAAYGGAGGCUGCAAGCACUUUUGCAGUCUGGAUUCAUCACAGAAGGUUGUGUGCUCCUGUGCUGCUGGCUACAAACUUCAUGAAGAUGGGAAGUCCUGCGAACCUACAGUGCCGUUUCCCUGCGGGAGGAUCACGGCUCCCGAAGCCAAGAGAAAACUCACGCGCUCCAUGAACACCUUCGAGCACUGGAACACCACGGGCCACGAGCCGGACGAUGGCCAGGAGCCGGACAAUGGCCAGGAACCAGACAAUGGCCAGGAACCAGACAAUGGCCAUGACAAGGAGCUGACCAACAGCACAGAGAGCAGCACGGCCGCCCCCAGGAUCACCCCCGUGCUCCGGACAGGGACACGUGUGGUGGGCGGCUCCGACAGCCUCAAAGGAGAGGUGCCCUGGCAGGUUCUGCUGGUGAACAGCGAGGGCUUGGGCUUCUGCGGGGCAUCCAUCAUCAACGAGAGGUGGCUGGUGACAGCAGCACACUGCCUGAAGAGGGGACACACUGACAACAUCACUGCUGUGGCAGGUGAGCACCUGGGAGGGACAGGGGGACCAGCGCUGGGAGGAGGCAUGGCAGAGUCAUGCUUUUUGUUUCAGCACUAUGUCAUGUACAAGUGA